AUGGAAUUAAUGGAUAAGGGGCAAAUCAAAUUGGAUAUGGCAUCAGAAAAAGGCGAGCAAUUGACCCUUUAUUUACCAAAAGCAAGUGUAUUACAGACCCAGCAGCAGAUAUCUAGUACCUGUCAGCAGUGGGAGACCUUCCUGAAGCAGUGCAAACUGGAGAAACAAGCCCUGAUUAAUUAUGUUACCCAGCUUCAAAGUUUUGAUGAGCAGCAGAAGCACCUGGGUGUUUGGCUUCAGGAGACAGAGGCACAGGUGAACAGUCCCUCACUUGUUGAGAAUAAGCAGCACAUUUCAGAGAAAAGAAGCCAGCUGGAGAGUGUGGAAGAGCUUCUCCAAGAACUCCUAAAUCAAAGGGAGUCGCUUGAGAAGCACUCAAAGAAGGCGCAAGUUCUGAAUGAAAUGGGAACUGGUGAUGGACAGGAAGUUCGCCUGGCAUCAGUACUCUUCUUCAGUUAUCAGAAUCUGCUGAAAACUGUGAAGGAGAAGGAGCGGACUUGUCAGGUUGCACUCCAGGCUCACCAGGCUUUUGAUGAAAUUUUGCAAAACACAUUGUCCUGGCUCAAAGGCAUUCAAGACAAGCUGUCUGUAGCUAAUAGCACAGUUGGUAACAAAUCAGCUCUAGAGAAAAGAUUGGUUCAAGUUCAGGAAAUCCUUCUUAUGAAAGGUGAAGGAGAAGUUAAACUGAACUUGGCAAUUGGAAAGGGGGAUCAGGUGCUGAAAACCAGCAAUGAAGAAGGUCAGAAAGUUAUCCAGAAGCAAUUACAGACACUGAGAGAUACGUGGAAUAAAGUCAUCAGGACCUCCAUGAGCUGUCACAGUAAUUUAGAAGAAGUGCUUAAUCAAUGGAAUACUUACUUGGAUAACAAGGUUCAGCUAGAAAAAUGGAUGGAAUCUGUAGAACAAAAAGUGAGCCUUCCAAUCCAGCCACAGUCAGACCUGAAAGAGAAGCUGGCCCAGCUGGAAAGCUAUCGAGCAGUUUUAACAGAUGUUGAGAACCACCUUGGCAUACUCAGUCGACUUACAGAGAAGGCAAAGGACCUACGAGACAAAACGGAUGAUACUUCCUUUGGGGAAGGUGCUCAACAGGAAAUGAGAUCACAUUUCAAUGACAUUACUGCAGUUGCCAAGCAAAAGGUGAAGAAGUUGGAAGAUAUUGCAAAAGAGCACCAACAGUACCACGAUGCAGUGCAUGAUUUCACAGAGUGGCUUAACUCAGCCAAAGAGGAGCUUCAUCGCUGGUCAGAGCUAUCUGGUGACACAGCCGCUGUACAGAGGAAGCUGUCAAAAGUAAAGGAGUUGAUGGAUUCCAGACGGAAUGGGAAAGAGCGGCUAAACAGAGUUUGUACUUUGGCUGCAGCAGUGAAAGAGAACACAGCUGCCAGUGGCCAGGAAUUGCUUGACCGGGAAACCCACACUCUACAGUCUGACUGGGUACUGUGGGAAGAGGAUACACUGCAUGUACAAAACAGCCUGGCUAGCACAUUCUGUCAAAUGGCUACUUCAGAUCAGGAAUUCUCAGCACAUGCCACUCAGCUGGAUCGAGAAAUGCAGGAAGUCAGACUUGUGCUUGCUGCCUUGAAGCGAAAUCUAAGUGAGCUGGAAAAUAAAAACACUGAUGAGGAGUUGGUAAAAAGCUGGCACACAGCAAAGGAAACACAAGAUGCUUUGUCGACAGCAGAGCACAUGACAGACAACUUAAAGCUACAGCUGAAUGAACUUUGCAGAUUCUCUAGAGAUCUGGGAUCCUAUUCUGACAAAGUUUCCGGACUGAUUAAAGAUUAUAACAGCCUCUGCCUCCAGGCAUCAAAAGAGUGUCAGAGUAAAGAGAAAACCUUAGAGCAGCGAUUCCGUACAGCCUUUCGCGAAUUCCAGCAGUGGAUGGUUAAUGCUAAAAUUACUACUUCAAAGAGUUUUGAUGUGCCUCAGAAUCUUAAUGAAGUAUCUACAAGUCUGCAGACAAUACAGGAAUUUCUUACUGAAACUGAGAAUGGCCAAAGAAAGCUGAACACACUUGUUUUUAAAGGGGAACUUCUAACCAGUAUCCUGAGCAAAGUCAAAGUUGAUGUUGUCCAAGCAAAAGUAAGCACAGCUAAGGAAGACUGGAAGACCUUCCUGUCAAAUCUGCACAGCAAAGAAAUUGUUUUGCAGAACUUACAGUCUCAGAUGAAGGACUUUGAGGCAGCUGCUCAGCCCACACAGGAGUGGUUGAAUGCAACAGAAAAAGUAGUGCAAGAGAGCAGGAGUCGACUUCAUGAUUUAGCUGCAAAAAGAGAAGAGCAGCAGAAGCUACAGUCCAUCCUUGAGGAGAUAGUUUGUCAUGAACCGCAGCUAAGCAGGUUGAAGGAAAAAGCUCAGCGGCUGUGGGAAGGACAAGCCACCAGCAAAAGCUUCAUGCACAGAGUGUCACAGCUGUCUGCCCAAUAUCUUGCACUGAGCAAUUUAACAAAGGACAGGGUUUCAAGAAUGGAUAGAAUAGUUGCAGAACAUCAGCAGUUCUCCAAAAGUGUGAAAGAAGUUCACGACUGGAUAACAGAUGCUGCCCAUAUGCUGGAAUCGUAUCGACAACCAACUGCUGACAAAAACGUAUUAAAUAGCAGAAUGGGAAAAUUAGAGUCUCUGCUGUUGGUAAGACAAGAGAAAGAAAUCCAAGUAAAAAUGACUUUGACGCGAGGGGAGUCUGUUUUGAGGAACACGUCUCCAGAAGGUGGACCUGCCAUUCAAAAACAGAUCCAGGAUCUCAAAGAAUCUUGGGAUAACUUACUUUCUACUUGCAUACAGUGCAAGAGCCAACUUGAAGGAUCUCUGUCUAAGUGGACAAGUUACCAGGAGGAUAUUUGUCAGUUUGGUAGUUGGAUGGACAGGACUGAACACAUCUUGAAUGCAUCUGAGAAGCAAUAUGCAGAGCUGAGGGACAAGGCAGCUGCUCUCAGCAAAGCAAAGCUGCUUUGUGAAGAAGUCUUGAGCCACAGCAGUUUGAUGGAGACUAUUGAGAUGAAGAGUUCUGCAAUGCCAGAACACUACAUAGUGCAACUCGAACUGCAAGAUCUUCAGGAACGCUACAGCUCUUUAAAGGACAGAGUUAAGGAAGGAGUGCACAAGGCAGAGGAGAUGCUACAUCUGCACCAGAAGUAUCAGCAAGGCCUGGCCAUGUUUGAGGAGUGGCUGGAGCAGGAGCAGGAAGCCUUUAACUGUGUCUCUCAGCUGGAAGGUGAUGCUGAGAUGCUGCGGAAUACACUCCUUCAGCUACAGGAAUUACAGUUGCAUUGCAAUCAUGGACAGGCCCUUCUAGAUGUAGUACUGAGUACAAGGGAACAAGUAGUACCCUGGGGUACUCCCCAAAUCGAGGACUGUGCACUGGAAUCCAUACAGCAUGACUGGCAGGUGUAUCGGGAGAGGCUCACAGAAACUCAAACCCAGUUGAAUGCUACAGUUCGCAGACUUGGACACAUGGAAGAAAAAUUUAAGAAGGUCGACUGCUGCCUUCAGACUCUGGAAGGAAAGGUUGUUACAAGAAUGGGGAGGAAAUCUGACAAGGCAACAAAGCAACUACAGUUACAACAUCUGAAAAAGUGCAAUGAGGAGUUCAGUGCCUGCAAAAAUGAAGUGGAAGAAGUUGGGGUCUUGGUGCAUCAGGUUCUGGAAGAAAGGCAUGUCAACAGCAGGAUAGGAAACCAAGCUACACAACUGAAUGCACGUUGCCAGGCUCUUCUUUUGUAUAUCAUGGAGCAAAUCAAGUUUCUGGAAGAAGAAAUCAGGAGCACUGAUGAGGCUGAGUCAGGGUUUGCUGCAUACGGAGAGUGGCACAAGGCGGCUCUGAAUAACUUUAAAUGUAUAUCAGCUGCAACCAGUGUUGUCAACCAAGAGGCAAUUCAGGAGAGGAUGAAUAAGUUAGAGUCUCUGCAGAGUGAAAUGGAAAUUGGUCACAAUUUGCUGAAAGCAGCAAGAGAAAAGGCUGAGAAAGCACUGGAGUACUUGGAAGGAGCUGGGGCAGAACAAAUGAAAAAAGACAUGGGCAGCUCCCUUUCCCAGCUUGAUGACUUAACUAGUGCCAUUAGGACACAGCACACCACAUUUGAAAAGUGUCUUCACCUAACCAAGGAGUUCUGUGAUAAGUACCACACCCAGGCUCAGUGGCUAGCAGAUUAUCAUACCAUAUUACAGGCGCCAGCAGAACCAAAAGCUGAACUUUAUGAGAAGAAAGCACAGCUUGCCAAGUACAAGUCCAUUCAACAGACUGUUUUGUCCCAUGAGCCUUCAAUCAAGUCAGUGACAGAAAAAGGAGAAUCCCUACUUGAGUUAGUCCAUGACACCGAUUUGGGAGACAAAAUUAGAAAAUUACAGGCUGAAUACCUGGAGUUGUGCAGUGCUGCCAAGAUACGUGUUGAAAACCAGCUAGCAACAGUGAAGCAGCAUGAAGAUUUCAACUAUGAAUUACAGGAAGUAGAAAAGUGGCUUCUGCAGAUGUCCAGCAGGCUUGUUUCUCCUGAGCUGCUGCAGAGCAGUAGCCUGGAGCUAGUGACACAGCAGCUGGCAAAGCACAAGGCAACAAUGGAAGACAUUGCUGGCUUUGAGGAACGUCUGACUAGUCUCAAAAGUAAAGGGGACGAUCUGAUUAGUAGCUGCACAGAGCCUUUACAACCAAAAAUGAAGCAAAACAUGCAUUCACAUUUGCAGGGCACACGAGACAGUUACUCAGCUAUCUGCUGCACUGCUCAGAGAGUAUAUCAAAGUUUGGAACGAGAGCUCCAGAAACAUAUCAGUCAAAAGGACACAUUGCAGCAGUGUCAAACAUGGCUGUCAACAGUUCAGCAACAGCUACGGCCACAUGUUAAGCCACCGUUUGGUCUCUCUGAAGCUCUAAAAGAGGUUAAGCAUUACAGAGCCCUGCAAGAACAGGCUAACACCUACCUGGAUCUUCUCUGCUCUAUGUGUGACUUAUCAGAUAGUGCAGUUCAGAAUACAGCAAGAGAUGUCCAGGAAAUAAAACACCUGACUGAGCAGAGGAUAUUACAGUUUCAGAAGCUUGCAAAAGGCUGGGAGGAGCUGAAACAUCAAAGAGCUGAGCUCUCAGUCUACUUCCAAGAUGCAGAUCAGAAACUACAGAUUCUGAAGCGAAGACCUGCAGAACUGGAGAUGAAGAUUGCCCAGAAUCUGACUGCCCAGGUUCAGGAGUUCAGUCAGCAGCUUCAGUCCAAGCAGAUGAGCAUUGCAAGCAUGACUGAGAAGCUGAACCAGCUGACAGGAGGACGAGAGGCAUCUGAACAUACAGACAUUGAGGAUUUAAGCAACCAGUGGAUGGAACUGUGCCAGCAAACUAAUAGUCUUCUUGCGCAGAGAGAGGAAGACCUUCAGAGAACAAGAAACUACCAUGACAGUAUUUACGUAGUCGAGGUUUUGCUGGAAAAGUUUACUAAAGAGUGGGACAAUUUAGCCAGAACUGAUGCUGAAAGCACAGCAAUACACCUAGAAGCACUGCAGAAACUGGGAAGUGAACUGUUGGGACAGAAGUUUGCUCUUGAUGAUUUGAAGGAGCACAGGCACAAAGUAAUGGAAUGUCUUAGCUUGGUUGAUAAGGAACUGGUGAAAGAACAGAUAGGCCAUUAUGAACAGCGCUGGACUCACUUGGAAUCGUUAAUUGAAAAGAAAAUCCAGGUGUCUAUCACAACUUUGGAAGACCUAAGUCAAGUGCAGUCUAGACUUCAGGAACUGACUGAGUGGGCAGAAGAGCAGCAGCCUCUGUUUACGGAGGCACUCGUGCACAGCCCUCCACCAGAGCUUGCGCACACUCUUCUCAUGGAUCACCUGACCAUCUGCAGUGAACUGGAAUCAAAGCAGUUGGCUCUUGGAGUAAUGGUGAAAGAAGCAGACAAGAUUAUGACCAGUUUAGGUCUCAGUGAGCGACAUCAGCUUCAGAAGUCCCUUGCUGAUGCACAGAAACAGAUGGGUUCACUCAGUGAUCUUGUUAGCCAGAGAAGAAGAUAUUUAAGUAAAGCACUGUCUGAACGAACUCAAUUCUUUAUGGCAGCAUGCCAAGCUGUGAACCAAAUUCAACAAAAUGAGAAAAAGGUGAUGUCUGAAGAACACAUUGCUCUCCUUCCCGAUGAUAUCAGCAAACAAAUUGCAACUUGCAGAAAUGUCCAGACAAUUCUUAAGGCCUUUCAGAAUGAUGUGACUGCACUGUGGGUGCAAGGUAGGGAUUUGAUGAAAGAGAACACAGAACAAGAAAGGAGUGAGAUUGUUAACAAGCUUCAAGAACUUCAGAAUAUCUAUGACACUGCAUUGCAGAAGUGUAGCCAAAGACAGCAGGAGCUUGAAAAAGCUCUAGUUUCCCGAAAGUACUUUAAAGCAGACUUAGAUAAAGCUUGCCAAUGGCUAAAACAAGCAGACAUUGUCACAUUUCCAGAAAUUAAUUUAAUGAAUGGCUGUGCUGAAUUGCAUUUAGAGCGUGCUAAAUAUCAGCAAAUUCUGGAAGAGUCCCCUGACUAUGAAAACCUUCUCCUUCUUUUACAGAGGAAUGGGCAGGAAAUGCUACCCUCACUUAAUGAUGUAGAUCGGUCCUGUCUCGAUGAAAAGCUAAAUACCUUGCCACAGAAGUUUAAUGAAAUAUUAACCACAUCCAGGGAAAAGUGGAAUAAGGUACAAAAUUCAAUACUUGGACAAAAGGAAUAUGCAUCUUUUAUUGACCUGACUACCAAGUCUUUAAGUGAGUUGGAGGAUCAGUAUCUACAGAUGAGCAGAGUUCCAACUCACCUUGAGUCAAAAGAAGCCAUGGUGUUGCAGAAUGCUUGCCAAGCUCUUCUUAAAGAGGUGUCAGACCUUGGAGCUGCUGUGGAUGAAUUAAACCAGAAAAAGGAAGGUUUCCGUAGCACUGGUCAGCCAUGGUACCCUGACAAAGUCCUAAAAGUUGUUAGCUUGUAUCACAGACUGAAAAGGCAAAUAGAACAGAGAAUUAAUCAUUUGGAAGACAUCACUGAGUCCUAUCAGGACCAUGAAGCAAUGUGUUUACAGCUGGACACACAACUGCGGGCUUUGCGAGAAAAUUUAACCAAAGUGAAUGAGGAGACACUUCCAGCAGAAGAGAAGCUUAAGACAUUCCGUGCACUGGCUGGCAGUGUUCAGGUUGCAGGUUCACUGCUGAAGCGUAUUGUUGAGCACCUCGAACAACUCACUCCCCAAGUGGAUCCAGUUGCCUGUGACGCAGCAAAUCAGAAAGUAUGUUCAUGGCAACAAGAUGUGCAGUCACUGCACACAUGUAUUGGGGAGAAAAUGAUGGAAUGUGAGAGUCGGCUAGUGCAAAGCAUUGACUUCCAAACAGAAAUUUCUCAUACAUUAGAGUGGUUGAAGCGCAUUAAAGCAGAACUGAAUGGCACUGUUAAUACAGAUGUAAAAUUACAAACUCUCCAAGAACAGAUUCGAAAGCUUCAAAUCUUACAGGAAGAAGUCCAGUCAAACUUAAGAAUAAUGACAGCUUUGAGCAGAAAAGAAAAACAAAAGUAUACAGAAGCAAAAGAGCUGAUCCCAUCAGAUUUGGAAAACAUACUUGCUGACCUGUCUGAUCUGGAUGCCGAAAUCCAGGACUCUAUCAGCACAAGGCUGGGUACAUUAGAGAAGGUGCAUAACCAGAGCCAGCAAUUCCACGAAACUGCACAAGUGGCUACUGACUGGCUAGAAGAUGCCAGCGUACUCCUGCAGCAAACAAGUAAUGACUUUGAUGUAGAGAACUCAGAAGAAGCCCUUCGACAUCAUUUGGACUUUUUUGGGACAGAAAAGGUUUUCCUUCAGCACCUGGAAAAGUUGAAAAUCUUGUCCAGUGAAUUGCAACCCUUCAUAAGCAUGACAGGAAAGGAACAUCUGAGUCAGUGCUUGAGUUCCUUACAACAAAGAGGUCUUACUGUGCAACGAAAAGCAGAGAGUCAAAAGGAUCUCUUGAGCAGAUGCCUUGACCAGUGGCAGGAAUACCAAAAAGCAAGGCAACUCGUGAUUGAACUGUUGAAUGAAGCAGAACAAAAGCUGACAGGAUUUUCCAUAGCCAAAGCAGUUACCUGCCAAGAAGCCGAACAGAAGCUAGCUAGCCAUAAGUCUGUUGUAUGCAUGGUGAAUGCUUUUCAUGGAAAGAUAACUGAACUGGAAGAGGCAGCUUCCCAAUUGGAAAAGAUUGGCAAUGACGCUAGCAAAGCAAUGAUCAGCAGAUCCAUGACAACCGUAUGGCAGCGUUGGAGCCGACUUCGCAGUGUUUCUCGAGAACAGGAACAGAUACUGGAAGAUGCAGCACAGGGCUGGAAAACAUUCUCUGAUGAGGUUCAGAAGAUUACAGCUGCUGCCAACCAUUUACAAACUUGCAUUCCAGAAAACUCUAUUGAAAAGGCCUCUAAGGAAGAGCUUGGGAAACUUUUGGAAUGUUAUGACAAUCUAAAUCAGGAAGCUGAAAAGGAGCAGUUUGCAGUGACUCUGCUGAGACAGCAUGCACUGGGGAUGCUCAGAGAUGUGGAAGUGAAGUCUGGGUCACUAGACAAUGUACCUGUAAUGAAAGAGAUCAAAGCAAUACAAGACAAGUUUGAUAACAUGUGGCAAAAGAUCAAGAAAAACAGGAAAAUGACUGAUCAAGAACUUAAAGAACGAGCAGAAGUGGAAAGAAGGACCAGUGAUGUGAGGCAGUGGGUUCAGGAGACCAAAGAGUAUCUGCUAAGCCCUGCACAAGAGCCAGAUGUUCAGCUAGAGAAACUGAAGGUUCUCGGCACUGAACUACAAUCCCAGCAGCAAGCAGUAGAGAAGGUUAUAGAGCAGCAGCAGAACAAAUAUCUGGAACUGUACACAAUCCUGCCGUCAGAGCUUUCAUUCCAUUUAGCUGAGGUCAUGCAGGCUUUGGGAACCACUGAUGAACAGAUAAAAGUGAAAGAGAAAGCGGUACACCAAAUUAAAUUAAUUAAUAAGGAAUUUGAUCGAAAGUUCCGAGAAAUGACAGAACUCCUAACUAGAAUUCUACAGAACUUGAAACAGAAAACUGAUGAUAUAAUGCAAGCAAAAGUUGAACUUAAGGGAUUGUCGGAAGAGCUGGACAGCUGCAGUGUGAAGCUGGUAGAACUGGAUGCAGAGGUACAAGACUUUACAGAGCUGAACCAACAGCUGACAGAACGGAUAGGUAAACUUAAUGAGCUAUACCACCAGGUCGUAAGGCAAGCAGAAUACAGGUCUUCUAAACUCAACCAGGCUGCCUCCCACUUGGAAGAAUACAAUGAAAUGCUGGAGUUCACACUACAAUGGAGUGAUAAGGCAAAGACCCUUGCACAGGGUGCUAUCGUGUGGAGCUCAGCUGCCCAGCUUUAUGAUCAGAUUGUGGUUUACCAGUCCCUGCUACAGGAGUCAAAGGAAAUCAACUGCGACCUAGAAGCCAUGCGAGAGAGGAUAGAAAGUCUGUCAAGUGUUUACCACACCGAGAAGAUGUCACAGCAGUUAUCUGAUUUGGGGAGGCAGAAGGAGGAGUUGCAACAAAUUAUCACCAGUCACCUUCAAAGUUUGCAGGACGCUGCUAAGGAUAUGGAGAAAUUUGAAGUUAAGGUGAAGGGACUUCAAGCUGCUGUAGAAAAGGUGCGGGCUACACUGACUUCACCUGAAAUAGGCCACCUAAGCUUGAAAGAGCAACUUCAUCAACGACAGCAUUUGCUAUCUGAAAUGGAGACAUUUAAGUCCAAGAUUCUUGCAGUGCAGGAGUGCCAGAGUGCAUUAAGGAUCCCAGCAGACACAAUUGUCACCCUUUCCAUUUGCCAAACAGCACUGAAGUUACAGCAGGAAGCGAGUCGUCUGCAACACACUGCUAUUCAGCAGUGCAGCAUCCUGCAGGAAGCAGUUGUACAAUAUGAACAGUAUGAACAGGAGGUGAAGCAUUUACGGCAUCUGAUAGAGGAAGCGCAUCGAGAAAUUCAAGACAAACCUGUCUCAACCAAUAAUAUACAAGAACUCCAGGCUCAGAUAUCACGCCAUGAGGAGCUAGCUGAGAACAUCAAGGGAUAUCAAGAGCAGAUAGCAGCACUAAAUUCCAAAGGCAAGAUGCUCACAAUGAAAGCCAAGCAUGCCACAAUGCUCCUGACAGUGACGGAUGUAGAAGGGCAUUCAGAAGGAAUGGACGAGCUGGACAGGCAGGUCCUCCCCAGCCAUACUGCUCACCCUUCGGUAGUGAUGAUGACUGCUGGUCGCUGUCACACUCUUCUGUCACCUGUCACUGAGGAGUCGGGGGAGGAAGGAACAAACAGUGAGAUUUCUUCCCCACCUGCCUGCCGCUCACCAUCACCUGUAACUAAUCCUGAUGGUUCUGCAAGUCAGAUUGAAGCUGCCAAGAUUCCAACCAACACUGCACCCCCUCAGGAGCUCUAUGAGCCUGGGUUACAGUCAUCUGCAGGUCACCGGCUUGAUGAUCUACAGCACUCAUGGGAAACACUAAAGAAUGUGAUUAGUGAGAAGCAGCGUUCUCUUUAUGAAGCCCUUGAACGUCAGCAGAAGUACCAAGAUUCCCUUCAGUCUAUUUCGACAAAGAUGGAGUCUGCAGAGAUGAAACUUAAUGAGACUCUGGAGCCCAGCAAGAGUCCAGAAAGCCAAAUGGCAGAACACCAGGCCCUGUUAGAUGAAAUUAUGAGCCUGCAAGAAGAAAUUAAUGAGCUGCAGACACGCUUUGCUGAAGACUUACUGUCAGACACUGGAGACACUGACACAGUUGGACAAGUAGCAAUGCAUUCCACACUGACUGUCUUGGCAGAGAGAAUGGCCACCAUCAGGAUGAAGGCAUCUGGAAAGAAGCAACUGCUGGAGGAAAAACUCAAUGAACAACUUGAAGAGCAACUUCAGGCGGAAGCCCUACAGCGAUAUCGGCUUGAGGCUGAAGAACUGAACCGAUGGCUGUUGAGUACCAGGGCCAUGCUAGACACUGCACUGCAAGCUGCUCAGGAACCUAUGGACAUGAAUGCACAGCUGGUGGACUGCCAGAACAUGCUGCUGGAGAUUGAACAGAAAGUAGGUACCCUUUCUGAACUCUCUGUCCAUAGUGAAAGUUUGUUAAUAGAAGGAAAAUCCCAUACUAAAGAGGAGGCUGAACAGCUGGCAGAGAAACUUUGCACAUUAAAAGGAAGCCUUUUGGAGCUGCAGAGCAUUUUGCAAGAUAAGCAGCUCAGUAUUCAACAGGGCAUCAUACAAGAAAAAGAAGAGAAUGAAUCAUUUUCGCCCUCCCAGCAGGGUCAGAGUGUACAGGAGUGGGUAGCACAGGCCAGAACGACGCGCUCACAGCAGCACCACAACAGCCUUCAGAGGCAAAAGGAGUUAAAACAACAGUUGGCAGAGCAGAAAAAGCUGCUACAAUCAGUAAAAUCUCGAGGAGAACAACUGCUAACUCAAAAGAACGUUACAGACAACGUGGGUCUUGUAAAAGAUAAACCCAAUCACUUACAUCCAGAUUUAAAGUUUGGACAGGGGAAGCCAUCUGAAGACCAGAUGAAAAUGAAAUGGGACAAUUUACUUAAAGAGCUUAACACAAAAUUUAGUUUGCUGCAAGAUACCAUAAAGCAAGAUCAAGAACAAAUGGUAUACAGUGGGCCAAAGAGGCUGUCAUCAGGCUUACCUUCAUUUAAGGGGGAGACAGAACAGCAAGACAAAUCAUCAGUUAAAUCUUUAUUCACUGGUUUAAACCAGGCCUUUGAUCAGCCUUCUGUGCAGGUUGGAGGAGGACAGAAACAUGACUUGCAGGAGAAGAUGUAUGAUGCUGUUUCAGCCGCUUCAUCCUGGCUAGACAAUGUUGAGGAUAACUUAUAUGUUGGCACGGCUGUAUUACCUGAUGAAGCUGAAACUCAGAUUCAGAGCCAAGAGGUGCUGGAUAAAGACAUUAAAGAAGUUGCAGAAGAAGUUGACAAGAACAAAGAUGUCUUCUUUGAAACUGCACAAGUGAGUGGUGAAAACUUGAAUACCAUAAAUGAAACAGUAUGCUGCCUGCAAGAGCGAUUACAGCUAGUAGAAUCUGCAGUGAACCAGCGGUGCCAGCAAAUGAAGGAGAGACUCCAAAGUUUGAAGAAUUUUCAGAAUGAACUGAAAUGGUUGUUAACCUCACUGGCUGAUAACAAAUGCAUAAUUCUUCAAAAACUGGCUGAAGCAAUGGAACGACCUGCCACAGACCAAAUAGAGGCUAUACUGCAAGCGGAGGAAAGUCUGAGAGAAUUUGAAGUUCAGAUCACAGCACUAAAGGAACAAGGUGACAGACUGCAGGUGGAACAGCCUGCUAUGCUGGAAGUUGCCAAACUCCAGGAUAUGUAUGAUGAGUUAGUGCUGAGUGUUUGCUCAAGGCGCAGUGGUCUGAAUCAAAGCUUGGCACAGAAGAAUUUGUAUGAUCGAGCUUUUCAGGACCUGGUGGAUCUGGUGGAUACUGGCAAAGAAAAGAUGGCAGCAGAAGAUUUGAAAACAACUGUCAGCUCAAGGGAAGAGGUGCAGAACCUUCUGGAUAAGCAUAAGGAGUAUUUUCAGGGGCUGGAGUCGCACAUGAUUCUGACAGAAACACUCUUCAGGAAAAUCAGCAGCUUUACAUUUCAGAGAGAAAGUCAGUCCCAUGUGGAGUUGAUGGCAUUAGCCUCUUCAGUACUGAAGGAGGCACACAAGAGAGGUAUAGAGAUGGAAUAUGUUUUAGAGACAUGGACACGUGUGGAAGAGGAUUACCAGAGUCUCUACCGUCAGCUUGAAGCAGUAGAAAGCAGCAUCCCAGCUGUCUGCUUGGUGGAGGAGUCAGAGGACAGACUGGCAGAGCGCAUUACUUUAUAUCAGCGACUAAAAUCAACACUGAAUGAUCAUCAACCACAGCUGUACCAGGUACUAGAUGAUGGGAAGAGACUGCUGAUGUCAGUUAACUGUUCCGACUUAGAUAACCAGCUGACUCAGCUUGGGGAACACUGGCUAAACAGUGGCAGCAAGGUAGCCAAAGAACUGCACAGGCUUGAUACCAUCCUUAAACACUGGAAAAGGUACCGAAAUGAAUCCAGUGAGUUAGCUCUGUGGCUUCAGUCAGCCAUGGAUCGGUUAGAGUUUUGGACCCAACAGUCGGUAACAGUUCCUCAUGAUUUGGAAACGGUCAAGGACCACCUUCAUGCAUUCUUGGAAUUUUCAAAAGAGGUAGACACCAAGUCCUCACUGAAGUCAUCUGUCCUGAGCACAGGGAAUCAGCUACUACGGUUGAAGAAGACAGACACAGCAAGUUUGCGUGCUGGCUUGACACAGAUAGACAGUCAAUGGACAGAGCUACAGACACGUAUUCCAGUUGUACAGGAAAAGCUUCACCAGUUGCAGAUGGAGAAACUGCCAUCCCGCCAAGCAAUGACUGAGCUGAUGAACUGGAUUGCACUGAUGGAAGGAGUUAUUAAAGAGGAUGAAGAGAAGCUCCGCUGUGUGGCAGGCUCUGAACCAAUACAUGAGUAUCUACAGAAGUACAAGGGUUUCAAAAUCGACAUAAACUGCAAACAGCUGACAGUGGAUUUUGUGAACCAGUCAGUCCUUCAGAUAAGCAGUCAGGAUGUGGAAAGUAAACGCAGUGACAAAACGGACUUUGCAGAGCGUCUAGGUGCAGUGAACAGACAGUGGCAGAUCCUACAGGGACUAGUAUCAGAAAAGAUUCAAUUACUUGAAGGCCUGUUGGAAUCUUGGACAGAAUAUGAAAGCAGCGUGCAUGGUGUGAAGGCUUGGUUUACAGCUGAGGAAGAGAGGUUGGAGAAACUACAUCAGAUUGGUGAUCAAGCCUCAGUUCUGAAUGCAUUGAAAGACUGCCAGGAACUAGAAGAGAUGAUGAAGAUUAAAGAGAAAGAAAUAGAAAAAGUAGAACAGCAUGGACUUUUGUUGAUACAAAAUAAGAAAGAAGAGGCAUGUGCAGUUGUCAUGAAAAUGCUGCAGGAUCUUAGCCAUAGUUGGACUAACCUUGAUUAUAUGAUUGGCCAGCUUAAAGUAACUUUAAAGUCAGUCUUAGACUUAUGGAAUGCUCACAAAGAGGCUUCUGAGGAGCUACACAGCCAUUUGAUGGAAGCCUGGUACUCUCUUUCUCGAUUCCGCCUACUCACUGGUUCAAUGGAGGCAGUAAAAAUGCAGGUCGAAAACUUGCAGAACUUGCAAAAUGAUCUGGAAAAGAGGGAAAGUAAUUUGAAGCAGUUCCGAUCCACGACAAAUCAAUUACUGAGAGAAUGCCAUCCUCCUGUUACUGAUCUCCUCACUUGCACUUUGAACGAAGUUAGCAUGAGGUGGAAUAAAUUGCUUGAAGACACUGCUGAACAGAUCCAGAGCAGCGGGGCACUACUACAUCUUUGGCAGAGGUACAAGGAUGUCUAUGAUCGAAGUUUGACAGCUGUCCAGCAGCACGAGGAGAAGUCAAAUGAGUUUUUGACGAACGUUUCCAACAAAGAUAUUGCUGAUGAGGAGGUCUCAUCCUGGAUCCAGCACUGCAGUGAGCUAUUGAAAGGUGUGAAGAUGGAACAGGAGUCCCUUUCAGUUCUUGGUGAACUUGGAGAACAGUUGAAGCAACAGGUGGAUAGUUCAGCAGGGCUGACGAUCCAGUCUGAUCGACUUUCACUGACACAGCGUAUAACCACACUGGAGCAAACAUUUACCAAACAACAAUGUACAUUACAGUCAGGAGUUGGUGAGUACAAACUGCUUGCUGCAAAACUUGAAGAUCUGGAGAACUGGAUUGAGGAGGCAGAGAAUGUAUUGAAAGGUCAGGAUCCUAGCCAUUCAUCUGACCUCCUUCUAAUUCAAGAAAGGAUGGAAGACCUUAGGCAUCUGAUGCUGAAGUUUAGCAGUAUGGCCUCUGAUUUGGAUCGUCUUAAUGAAAUGGGUUACCGAUUACCUUUGAAUGAUAAAGAAAUCAAAUGUAUGCAGAAUCUGAACAGGAGAUGGGCAGUUGCCUCUGCUCAGACCACAGAGAGAUUUAGCAAGCUGCAAGCUUUCUUGUUACAACAACAGACUUUUCUUGAGAAAUGUGAAACAUGGAUGGACUUCCUAGUGCAGACAGAGAAGAAAUUGGCAGUGGAAAUUGCAGGAAACUAUCAAGGCCUUCUUGAGCAGCAGAGAGCACAUGAGCUGUUCCAAGCAGAAAUGUUCAGUCGUCAGCAGAUUCUGCAUUCAAUAAUCAGUGAUGGACAACAUCUCCUAGAGCAAGGACAAGUGGAUGACCGGGUGGAAUUCAGUCUAAAACUUGACCUCCUGAGUAGCCAGUGGCAAGGAGUAAUUCGCCGGGCUCAGCAGAGAAGAGGAAUAAUUGACAGUCAGAUUCGUCAAUGGCAACGCUACAGAGAGAUGGCAGAAAAGUUACGCAAGUGGUUGGUGGAGGUAUCGCACCACUCAGCAGGUGAAUUAGGCACUGUUCUUAUUCCACUGCAAGAAGCUCGAGCACAGCUGGAUGAAGUUCAGCUAAAGGAGAAGGCCCUUCAGCGACAGCAAGGCAGCUAUAUUUUAACAGUGGAGGCAGGCAAGCAGUUGCUACUCUCCGCUGACAGCAGUGCUGAAUCUGCUUUACAGGCUGAACUGACAGAAAUCCAGCAGCGCUGGAAAACAGCUAGUAUGCGUUUGGAGGAACAGAAGAAGCAGCUUGCCUUCUUACUAAAAGACUGGGGAAUAUGUGAAAAGGGGAUUGCUGACUCACAGGAAAAACUGAGAACAUUUAAGAAAAGACUCUCAAAUUCGCUUCCAGAUCACCAUGAUGAAUUACAUGCUGAACAGAUCCGAUGUAAGGAGCUGGAAAAUGCAGUUGAUGGAUGGACAGAAGACCUUUCUCAGCUGACCCUUUUGAAGGAGACCUUGGCCAAUUAUAUUAGUCCAGAUGAUAUUGCAAUGUUACAUGAACGACUUGAGCUGUUGCAGAGACAGUGGGAGGAACUCUGUCACCAGGUCGCCUUGAGACGCCAGCAGGUGAGCGAGAAACUCAAUGAGUGGGCAAUAUUCAAUGAGAAGAACAAGGAAUUUUGUGAGUGGCUAACCCAGAUGGAGAGCAAAGUUUCACAAAAUAGUGACAUCAGCAUAGAGGAGAUGAUCGAGAAACUCCAAAAGGAAUACCAGGAAGAAGUAGAAGCAGCUGAGGAAAAUAAAACCCAGCUUAAGGAGAUGGGUGAGCGUCUUGCAAAAGCCAGCCAUGAAAGCAAAGCAGCAGAAAUUGAGUACAAGUUGAGCAAAGUGGAUGAGCGCUGGCAGCAUCUGCUGGAUCUCAAUGGAGCUCGGGUGAAGAAACUAAAGGAAACCCUGGUUGCAGUACAGCAGCUGGAGAAAAACAUGAGUAUCUUAAGGUUGUGGCUUCUCCAGAUUGAAACUGAACUAGCCAAACCCAUCGUUUAUGAGAACUGUGACUCCAGUGAGAUUCAGAGGAAAAUCAGUGAGCAGCAGGAGCUACAGAAAGACAUAGAAAAGCAUAGCACUGAAGUUGCCUCUGUACUUAACCUCUGUGAGGUUCUCCUUCAUGACUGCGAUGCAUGCGCUACUGAGACAGAAUGCGACUCCAUCCAGCAGGCAACACGAAGCUUGGACAGGAGGUGGAGAAAUAUCUGUGCCAUGUCUAUGGAACGUCGACUCAAAAUUGAAGAGACAUGGAGAUUAUGGCAGAAGUUUUUGGAUGACUAUUCUCGAUUUGAAGACUGGCUGAAGACCUCUGAAAAGACUGCUUCCUACCCCAGCUCAUCCAGGGUUCUGUUCACAGUUGCAAAAGAAGAGCUUAAAAAGUUUGAGGCUUUCCAGCGGCAAGUUCACGAGAGUCUAACACAGUUGGAGCUGAUUAACAAGCAGUACCGCCGUUUGGCGCGAGAAAAUCGCACUGAUUCAAACUGCAAAUUGAGACAAAUGGUCCAUGAUGGCAACCAGAGAUGGGAUAAUCUCCAGAGAAGGGUCACAUCCAUUCUGCGCAGACUCAAGUACUUCUGUUCCCAACGGGAAGAUUUUGAGUCUGCUCGAGAAAAUAUUGUGGUCUGGUUGACAGAAAUGGACUUGCAGCUAACAAAUAUCGAGCACUUCUCAGAGUGUGACACACAGGCCAAGAUAAAGCAGCUACGGGCUUUCCAGCAAGAGAUCUCAUUAAACACUGGGAAAAUAGAGCAAAUAUUUCUUCAGGGAGACCAGCUAAUGCAAAAGUGUGAACCACUGGAUGCAGCUGUCAUAGAAGAGGAACUGGAGGAACUUCGUCGCUACUUCCAGGAGGUCUCUGGUCGGGUAGAACGCUACUACAGAAAAUUGAUGCGUCUUCCGCUGACAGACGAUGAGAAUGAUGUUUCAGACAGAGAAGCAGAACUGGAUGAUAACACUGAUAUUCCAGUUUUACCAUGGCAUGACAAGUCAACAGACAGCAUGUUGUCGCCACAGGUUUCAAUCAGCAGAUCUACAUCACUAGUACAGCCAAUGAGAAGUGAGCGGUCUGGGCGGGACACACCAGCAAGUGUGGACUCCAUUCCCUUAGAGUGGGAUCAUGACUAUGAUUUAAGCCGGGGUUUAGAGUCAGCAGUAUCAAGAGCAUUACCAUCAGAAGAUGAAGAUGAGGAAGAUGAAGAACAAGUAGACAAUAAAGAUUAUUAUCCCAGAGAUGGAAAUACCAUCAAAGGUGAACCAGUUUCCUUGGAAUCACACAUACGUCAGCUUGACAGAGCUUUAGACAACAGUCGAUUCCACUUGCAGCAAACAGAAAAUAUCAUCCGCAGCAAAACUCCUACAGGCCCAGAGCUGGACACAACCUACAAAGGAUAUAUGAAUCUUUUGGGAGAGUGCCGUGAAAGCAUAGACACUCUAAAAAGGGUUGGGCAUGAUCUAAAAGAGGAAGAAAAAUUAUAUGGUCUCAUCAAUUUGAACAGUAGUGAAUCCCAAACAUCAGGAGUAAUUGAAAGGUGGGAACUUAUCCAGGCGCAGGCCCUGAACAAAGAACUGAGAAUGAAACAGAACCUUCAGCAGUGGCAGCAGUUCAUCUCUGACCUCAAUAACACCUGUGAGUGGCUGGGAGAUAUGGAGGAAGAGUUGGAGCAGCUCAGUCGCCUUGACCUUAGCACUGACAUUCAAACCAUUGAACUCCGAAUUAAAAAGCUGAAGGAACUUCAGAAAGGUGUGGAUAACCGCAAGGCCAUCAUCCUUUCCAUUAACCUUUGCAGUUCCGAAUUUACCCAGUCUGAUGACGCUGAGAGCAGUAACUUACAGGAACGCAUAAGUGAAAUGAAUAAAAGGUGGGACCGAGUUAGCACACUUAUAGAAAACUGGCGGUGUUCCCUGCAGGAUGCCUUGAUGCAGUGCCAGGAUUUCCACGAAAUGAGCCAUGGUCUACUUCUGUGGUUGGAGAACAUUGACAGAAGAAGGAAUGAGAUCCACCCAAUUGAUCCAACUCUGGACUCAGAUAGCCUUCAAGACUACCACAAAACUCUCAUGCAAAUCCGGCGUGAAUUGAGGGACUCACAGAUGAAAGUAGCAUCACUACAAGAUAUGUCCACCCAGCUUCUUGUUAACGCUGAGGGUGGGGAUUGCCUGGAAGCCAAAGAGAAAGUGCAUGUCAUUGGAAACAGACUUAAACUUCUUCUGAAGGAAGUUACAAGGGACAUAGUAGAACUGGAAAGAAUACUAGAAAUCACAGGGAAUCAGAUGGAGCUAUCAUCCUGGUCUUCAGCUGAUGAUCUGGAUACAUCUGGCUCCCCAAGUCCUGUUUCAGGGAGAAGUACACCAAGUCGUCAGAAACCGCAACGGGGCACAUGUAGUCUCUCACAGCCUGGACCCUCUGUCAACACUCCACCCACAAGGUCCAAAGGCGGUGGUUCCGAUUCUUACCAUUCUGAGGUGGAGCGGACCCAGAAGCACCCAUCCUUUUUCUGGCGUGUCCUACGAGCCGCUCUGCCACUCCAGUUGUUGUUGCUACUCCUGAUUGGUCUGGCUUGCUUGGUGCCAAUGACAGAAGAAGAUUACAGCUGUACUCUCUCUAAUAAUUUUGCUCGGUCCUUUCAUCCAAUGUUGAGGUACACCAAUGGUCCUCCUCCAAUAUGAACCUCUGCAGGCAGAUGCAAAGUCUGAACUCAGUAAACCAAGCACAUAUAUCAGAGAAAAAGAAAGGUCUUGUUCUGAAAUGUGGUACCUUACAUGGCAUCUCAGUCUGCCCUGUCUUUGAAACCCACGGUGGCCAGUGCAUAGCACCAUCACUGUUGUCAGAUGACUUAAGAAAAUAAUAGAACAGUUGCUGUAAGACAACUGAUUGUCUAAAACAAAAACAUUAUGGGCAUUCAAAAGGUUCAUGUGCUAGUUAUAUGUGGGUUAUGGUGGGGUCCAAGACGCUGGAUGUGUUUACUUCUGAAAAAUCGGGUUUAAUCAUGUGAACUGUCACCCCAGACUGCUGCAAGUACAGUAUUUGCAUUAACAGUAUUUAAGACACAAAAGUCUCUAUCAGUGCUAAUGAUUCCUACAGAGUAUGUAAUAUAAAAUUUUAAAGAGCUUAUAUGGCAAAUAUUUUUUACUGUUAUUGUUUUGGGUCUUGUUUAACAUUUUGCUUUAAAUGCACAAACUGUUACAAAAGGGGGCACUUUUUAUUAAAGAUUGUAACUGGAUGUAAGAAAUCUAAUCUUCAAUGGUUUUAUGAAAUGGUUAUUGAACAUAAAAGGAAAUACAGAAACAAUUAUUUAUUUAUGUACAGUUUGCUAAAUUUUUGUUUGUAAUUUCUUUGCUUUUUAUUACAAAUUAUACUAAAUCAAUCUCA